GUGCUGUUAAGUAGCUCUUGUUGCUAAGGCGACGAGAGCUCGAAGCAGUAGCUAUGGAUGACAACAGACGGGACUGAAUAGCUCGUUUUCAUUGGUUUUCAGUAGUUCAGUAGUAGUUUUUUUGUUGACCAUACAAUCAUUUCUCUUCGCUGGUCAUUUUUUCUGAAUGCUAUCUGGAACUUCUGUUAGUCACGUUUGUUUCACACUCCUUGUACAUGAAAGCGAGUGUGUCAAGUUGUGACCACAGCUUGCAACAUCCACGUUAUUGUCGUCAUGAUCCUGUCUCGAGUUAAGCCAGCUGUCGGCGGAGAGGCUCCAGCCAGCGAGAAGAAGAAGAAAAACAAGGGGAAGAAGACUUCACGCGUGGAGGACUACCUGAUCCAGAGAGACUACCUGGGAGCAAUCACACUGCUGGAGUUCCAGCGUAGUGCAGGAGAGAGAGAGGAGGAUGCAGAUCUGUGGCUGGGCUACUGUGCUUUUCACCUGGGGGACUACAGGAGAGCCAUGGAGGAGUACAGAGCUUCGACCCAGAGGUCAGGCUGUCCAGUCGAUGUGUGGGUGUACCUGGCCUGCACACUCUUCUUCCUGGGGCUCUACAAGGAGGCUGAGGAGGCUGCUCUGAAAGCUCCAAAGAGUCAGCUGCAGAACAGGUUGCUCUUCCACUUGGCCCACAAGUUCAACGAUGAGAAGAAGCUGAUGGGCUUCCACCAGAACCUGGAGGACGUGACUGAAGACCAGCUCAGCCUGGCUUCCAUUCACUACAUGCGCUCUCACUACCAGGAGGCCAUCGACAUCUACAAGCGCAUCUUACUGCAGAACAGAGACUUCCUAGCCCUCAAUGUGUACGUAGCGCUGUGCUACUACAAGCUGGACUACUACGACGUGUCCCAGGAGGUUUUGGCGGUGUACCUGCAGAGCAUCCCUGAUUCCACCAUCGCGCUCAACCUCAAGGCCUGCAACCACUUCAGGCUCUACAACGGCAAGGCAGCUGAGGCCGAGUUGAAGAAUCUGAUAGAUAUCUCCUCCAGCUCCUUUGAGUUUGCCAAGGAACUCAUCCGGCAUAACUUGGUGGUGUUCCGGGGUGGAGAAGGGGCCCUGCAGGUGCUGCCCCCCCUGAUCGACGUGAUCUCGGAGGCUCGUCUCAACCUGGUCAUCUACUACCUCAGGCAAGACGAUGUGCAGGAGGCCUACAAUCUCAUAAAAGAUCUGGAACCCACCACGCCACAGGAGUAUAUUCUGAAAGGUGUGGUAAAUGCAGCUUUGGGACAAGAAGUUGGCUCGAGGGAUCACCUGAAGAUCGCACAGCAGUUCUUCCAGCUGGUCGGAGGCUCCGCUAGUGAAUGCGAUACCAUCCCUGGCAGGCAGUGCAUGGCUUCCUGUUUCUUCCUGCUAAGGCAGUUUGAGGAUGUGCUCAUCUACCUCAACUCAGUAAAGAGUUACUUCUACAAUGAUGACACAUUCAAUUUCAACUACGCCCAGGCCAAGGCUGCGGUUGGCAACUACAGGGAGGCAGAAGAGGUGUUUCUGCUGAUUCAGAGUGAGAAGAUCAAGAAUGACUAUGUGUACCUGAGCUGGCUUGCACGCUGCUAUAUCAUGAACAAAAAGGCCCGUUUAGCCUGGGAGCUGUAUCUGAAAAUGGAGACUUCAGCCGAGUCCUUCAGCCUCUUGCAGCUCAUUGCCAACGACUGCUACAAGAUGGGGCAGUUCUAUUACUCGGCGAAGGCUUUCGAUAUUCUGGAGCGGCUCGACCAAAACCCCGAGUACUGGGAGGGCAAGAGAGGGGCCUGUGUGGGCAUCUUUCAGCUCAUACUGGCUGGCAGAGAGCCCAGAGAGACACUGAGAGAGGUACUUCCACUGCUGAGGAACACUGGAAACCCACAGGUGGAGUACAUCAUCAGAGCCUUAAAGAAAUGGGCCAAGGAUAACCGAGUCUCACUGUAGGAACAGAUUACAAUUCAGCAGCGUAACACAAGUGCUCAGAUAAUCGGGUAGGACCCUCUGUCAACUACUGCACAAGACAAAGUAUUAAGCACCAGCUAUGCUGGUGAUUUCAAUUGCACGUCCCCAUAAAAAAAAUUAAAUAAGCCUUUGAUCAUCCCAAAAAUGUAUAAACUGGAUGCCUAUCCCCAGACUGAACUACAACAUGUAAGGGUGUGAUGAAAUCUGUCUGUAAUGUACAUUUACGUUACAAAGUUCACUCCAAUUAACCUUUACAAUACAUGUAUUUGUAUAGAAACAAAUUGAAAACAUCAAAUGUCUUUCUUAGGCAGUUACAUGUAAAUUCACUUCAUGCAAUAAAUAUCCCCAGGCACACAAACUCACCACACCAUGUAACAUGUACUAUAGUUUUAUUUGCAAUAUUGUUUUAACAUUUAUAUACUUAAUAUAGUUGUGAAUUUAUACAAGUAUGUAUGUAUCAUGCAAUUGUGUAGUCAGUUCUUCUGUACAGUGUCCAAUUAAAGAGCUAUUUUUUAUUCACA